ACCGCAAAUUUACAGGUUCUUUGCAAACAAAGCCAAAUGGAAACGGCCAUCAGAAAGACAGAAAGCCCUUUGGGGUCUCUAGUGGAAGGGCAGUAAGGUCAAAAUACAUGACUAGGGUUUUGUGUGUAGUUAUUUGAUGUUGCCCUGACAGCAGUAUUAAUUCUCUUCACAAACAAACAGCUUGCUCCUCAUUCCCCCCACCCCCAUCCCCCAUCCCCCGCCGCCAGGAGGAACAAUGGCAUUCAUCAAAGUCCAGAAGACUAGGGCUUACUUUAAGCGUUACCAGGUUAAAUUCAAGAGAAGGAGAGAGGGAAAGACUGACUAUAGAGCAAGGAAUCGCUUGAUAAAUCAGGACAAAAACAAGUACAAUACUCCAAAAUAUCGUCUUGUUGUCCGAUUUACUAAUCAGGACAUAAUAGCCCAAAUUGUGUCAGCUAGCAUAGCUGGUGAUAUGAUUCUUGCCUCUGCAUAUGCCCGUGAGCUGCCUCAUUUUGGCCUUGAAGUUGGACUGACAAAUUAUGCUGCUGCAUACUGUACUGGACUUCUCUUGGCAAGACGAGUUCUCAAGAAGCUCGAAAUGGAUGAGGAGUAUCAAGGAAACCCUGAGGCCAGUGGGGAGGAUUACUCAGUUGAACCUGCUGAAAGCAGGAGGCCCUUCCGUGCUCUCUUGGAUGUGGGCCUUAUUAGAACUACUACUGGAAAUCGUGUUUUUGGUGCUCUCAAGGGUGCAUUGGAUGGUGGGCUUGAUAUUCCUCAUGGCGAGAAGAGGUUUGCUGGAUUCAGCAAGGACUCCAAGCAGCUUGAUGCUGAUGUUCACCGCAAGUACAUCUAUGGUGGCCAUGUUGCAACAUAUAUGAAGACUUUGAUAGAAGAUGAGCCUGAGAAAUUUCAGUCUCACUUUAGUGAGUACAUUAAGCGGGGUCUUGAGGCUGAUGAUCUCGAACAGAUGUACAAGAAGGUUCAUGCUGCCAUACGUUCUGAUCCAAGCCCAAAGAAAUCCGGGAAGCAGCCUCCCAAGCAGCACAAGAGGUACAAUCUGAAGAAGCUGACUUAUGAGGAAAGGAAGGCUAAGUUGAUUGAAAGACUGAAUGCUUUGAAUUCAGCUGCUGGAAAUGAUGAUGAGUCUGAUGAUGAGUGAACAACACUAGAAUUAUGAAAUUAGGGUUUUGUGAUACUGUUGUUUCUUCCUAGACAGAAAUUUCAGUUUUGCAUGCUUUAGUAGAGUUGUUCUUCCUGUUUGACAAUGUGAGGUUAGAUUUGCCAAGUGCACAAAUCCCAUGAAGUAAUUUUGGAACCUUGACUCAUCGCUUUGGAUCUACAAACGCACUGGGAAUUGCUUUUUGAUUAUUUUUGUUUUGUUUAAUGGAAUAGUUGAUUUCUUUAUGAUGAAAGUCGAGCAUCUAUGAAGUGCAUCAUUUAUGUUGUGAA